CACUCCGUCCGGUUCGGCGGGCUCUAGGAGAGAAUCGCUGUAGCACUAUGGCUCUCUUCUAAGCGCGUUUAUUUACACAAGUGUGAUCAACUUACCGGCAAUCCCUCACCAUCCGCGCCUUAAUCAUGGACCUCCAGUCGAGAGGCUUGUUCUGGGGGCAUCCACUCUGUCAGCAGUAACGUAUGAAAACUUAUAACUUUGUAGAGAACACACUACACAAGGACUCUUCCUGAGGGCUUGCAUAUACCCCAGAAAUUUAGAAUACUAAUUUAGAGUUUGGCAGGCAGGUGUGAGGCCCCCUCAUGCAGAACCACAGGAAAUGAAUAAACCACCUCAACCUAUAACAGGACCCCCUGCUGUUCCCCACCCUGCCCAAUCGCCAGGACUGACACCGGUACCAUAUCCAGGCCAGCCUCCCUCUGUUGUCUUUCCUGGCCCUUCUCCACAAAUGAACGCUGCACCGCAACCCAGACAGUUUGCCCCAGGUCCUCGUGCUUUACACCAACAGGGUGGAUUCAGGUCACUGCAGCAGUACUACACCAACCGGCCCAGUAUGCAAGGCAGUGCCAAUAGGGUCCCACCCAGUAACACCACCCGGUCUGUUGGACCCACACACGUCUACCAACCUACCUCACAGGUGAUGAUGAUUCCCCCGCAACAAUUGCCGUUCACCAACACUCAGGGCCAUGCCUAUUUCGUACACGGACAUGGACAGUACCGUGCCCCUUUUAUGCCCCCGGCCCAGCAGUACUCGGUACCCAGCGGAACCCCAGGCUUCUAUGCUGGAAGCAGUCCAGCUGAAUACGGUACAUAUGAUCCCUCUCUGGUAGGGAGGGAAAGGCGGGGGGGUGGGGGGAGAGGUGCGGGCCGAGAGAACGGACGUCUCUCGCUGCAUGGAGCUCCUCUCACCUCCCAGCGUUAUCCUGCAGCUGCAUAUUACCCUGCGACACAGCAGUAUUCUCCAUCGGUUCCCCCCACUUCUGUCAUGUUGAACCCCGCUCAGCAGCAACCGGCCCCAACUCCACCUCAAGGUCCACCUCAGCCGCCGGGACAAGUCAGGAGAGAGCGCAAACCGAUCAGAAUACGUGACCCCAACCAGGGAGGACGUGACAUCACGGAAGAGAUCAUGUCUGGUGGGAGAACGACCUCCACUCCCACUCCUCCACAGACUGUUGGCUCAGAGGCAGGAAGUCCAGUUCAGACCAAUGGUGAAAGUGUUUCACCUGUUGCUUCUGUGAUCAGAUCUGAUGAUCAGGUGAAACCAGUGGCCCCUCCUGCAUCUGUCUCUACCCCUCCUCCAUCAAAGACGCCAGAGCAAGUCCCCGUUGCUCCUUCAGCUGCCGACUGCCAGCCUGUGUUGGAGGUCAGACCAGCUUCAUCAGUGAUCAAGGUUUCCAUUCCUUCAGGAGAGGACCCUGAUGCUAUCGCUGCAGUUUCCGUUGCAGCUUGCUAUCCUGUGCGGCCUGCUUCAGCUUCUCCUCCUCCUACGAACAAUUCAAAUCCUUCAGAGCCUCAAACUGGCGACUGUGUGGAUGCUCCAGUGGUCCCUGAGGCCCCUGCUCAAAAUAAGGAGCCUGAGGACUCCUCCCCUCCUGUGGAGCAGACUCCUUUUGGGGUUGAAAAAGAAGAGCCCGAGGUAGCCAAGGAGAAAGAGUCAGAGCCUGUGGCCAGCACAGAGGAGUCUUGCACAGCCAUGGUCAUUUCCACCCCUGUGGAGGCUCUUCCUGCUGUUGCUAAUGGCAGUGAGGAAUCUUCUGAGGACUCCACCUCUGUAACCACGGAGACUCCUGUUCCAGAGCCAGUAAUUGGUGAGCCAAAGGAACAGCCUUUGCUUAACGGUUUGCCUCAGGACUCUGCAGAGGUUCCUGAAGUUGAAGUGAAGCCAGAGUGCUCCACUAAUCCAGCUCCUGAACCAGCAGCUCCUCAGGUCCAGCAGAUCUGCCUUACAGCUGUGAACGCACCUGUGGAGGAAGAGGUUGAGCAGAAAGCAGAGGAGAUUCCCGCCCCUGUAUCAAGCUGCCCUGUUGAGGAGACAAUUAAGCAAGCUGCUGCAACAACAGUGCCAAAGAAGAAAAAGAAGAUGAAGGAACUGAAUAAGAAAGAUGUGGGAGAUGUCCUAGAUGCCUUUAAAGAGCCAGAGAAGGAGAAGCCUGCACCUGAGCCAGAGGUUGCUCAGAAAGAGCUCUCCCCAGCUCCAGCCCCUGUCCCACCAGCAGAGGAGUCAGAGGAAACAUGGGAGGAGAAAGAGGACAAACUUGACACAGAGAAUAUUAAGCCUGAGACACCCAAAGCCGUGGAACAGAAAUAUCAAUAUAAAGAAGAGCAGUGGAAGCCCAUUAACCCAGAGGAGAAGAAACAAUAUGAUCGGGAGUUCCUGCUUGGCUUCCAGUUCAUCAGUGCAAGCAUGCACAAGCCUGAGGGUUUGCCACACAUCAGUGACGUAGUGUUGGACAAGGCAAAUAAAACCCCCUUGCGGCCUUUGGAUCCCAGGAGUAUGAUGAACUGUGGGCCUGACUUCACACCCUCAUAUGCUAACCUGGGCAGACAGUCAUCUGGAGGAGGUCGAGGACCGCACUCCUCCCAGUCUGGACGGCGCCCACAGCCGGGUCGAGGCAAAGAGCAACCCCGUAACCCCAAGAUCAUCACCAGCGUGUCUAUUAAAGACAAUGUGGAACUCAACCAGGCUGAGAACGCUUGGAAGCCUUCGGUCAAAAAGCAAGGCAAAAGCAGAGGAGGAGAGGAAGAGGAGGAUGACACAGAGGCUGCAAAAACGCAGGAGCUUUUCCGCCGUGUGCGCAGCGUCCUUAACAAGCUCACGCCACAGAUGUUCCAGCAGCUGAUGAAGCAAGUGACUGAGCUCUCCAUAGACACCGAAGAGAGGCUCAAGGGGGUCAUUGACCUCAUAUUCGAGAAAGCCAUCUCAGAACCCAACUUCUCUGUAGCUUACGCCAACAUGUGCCGCUGCCUUAUGGGGCUUAAAGUCCCCACUUCAGACAAACCGGGAGUCACUGUGAAUUUCCGUAAACUGCUGCUCAAUCGUUGUCAGAAGGAGUUUGAAAAGGAUAAGGAUGAUGAUGAGAUCUUUGAGCAGAAACAGAAAGAGCUGGAUGCUUCCACUGAGGAAGAGGAACGCCAGCGCCUCAAAGAAGAGCUGGAGGAUGCCAAGGACAAGGCACGCAGACGGUCACUAGGCAACAUCAAGUUCAUAGGAGAACUGUUCAAACUGAAAAUGCUGACAGAGCCCAUCAUGCAUGACUGUAUUGUGAAGCUCCUGAAGAACCAUGACGAAGAGAGCUUAGAGUGCCUCUGCAGACUGCUAUCCACCAUUGGCAAAGACCUAGACUUCGAGAAGGCCAAGCCUCGUAUGGACCAGUACUUCAACCAGAUGGGGAAGAUCAUUAAAGAGAAGAAGACGUCUUCUAGAAUACGCUUCAUGCUUCAGGAUGUUUUGGACCUCCGACAGAACAACUGGGUGCCCAGGAGAGGAGAUCAGGGUCCUAAGACCAUUGACCAGAUCCAUAAAGAGGCUGAGAUGGAAGAACACAGAGAGCAGGCCAAAGUACAGCAACAACUUCUGUCUAAGAAAGACUCAGGUCAGGGUCGAGGGGGCCGUGGUGGCCCGCACUCCUCUGGGGGCCGUGGUAGCCAAACACAGGAUGAGGGCUGGAACAUUGUUCCUAUUACCACCAAGAACAGACCGAUUGACACCAGCCGCCUCAGUAAAAUUACGAAGCCUGGUGAUUUCAACAACCAGCUUCUGGCUCCAGGAGGAAAGGGCUCAUGGGGUAGCUGGGGCAAAGGGAGCAGUGGAGGGACUGGAGCAAAGUCCACUGGAGAUCAAGACCAGGGAAGACCUGCCACUAGCACACUCAACCGCUUCUCUGCAUUGCAGCAGUCUGCACCCUCUUCAUCCUCUUCUUCCUCAGCGGACUCUGAUCGCAGAGUGCCUCAAAGGAGUAGCUCCAGUAGGGACAGAAACGACAGAGAUCGUGGUGACCGAGAUCGUGGUGAUCGCGACAGAGAUCGUUUCGAGCGCUUCGAUAGUAGGCGUGAGGACCGGGACAGAGGCCUGGACAGACCCCGUCCAGCCCUCACCAAACGCAGCUUCAGCCGUGAAAAUGAAGAGCGUAGAGGAGGUGACAGCCGUGGACCACCAGAUUCCGUACGCCGUGUGUCCAGCAUGACGGAGAACCGCGACAGAGGUAGUCGUGAGCGUGAAAGAAGCAAAGAGACAGGUGAGAGAACUGUCCGAAACUACAACAGCAGUACAGAAGAGUUGAACUGUAAGCAUGUAAGAUGUCAAUUGAUGAUUGGAGGUUCAUACAUUGAUUGCACUUCUGCUUUUUUGAUUUUCUCAGUGAAACCCAUGGCGGCUCCUCCACCCCCCGCUCCAGCUAAUCCAACUCUGAGUGAGGAUGAGCUGGACAAGAAAUCCAAAGCCAUCAUUGAAGAGUAUCUCCACAUCAGUGACACGAAGGAGGCAGUGCAGUGUGUGCAGGAGCUGAACAGUGCCCCUAUGCUCUUCGUGUUUGUACGGAAUGGUGUGGAAUCCACACUGGAGCGCAGCACCAUCGCUAGAGAGCACAUAGGUCAGCUGUUUCAGAAGCUCGUUAGGGGAGGAAUACUACCUGCUGAGCAGUACCACAAGGGACUACAGGAGAUUCUGGAAAUAGCAGAUGACAUGGCCAUCGACAUUCCUCACAUUUGGCACUACUUGGCUGAGAUCAUCACACCCAUGUUGCAAGAGGGGGGCAUCCCCAUGGGCCAGCUCUUCAGGGAAGUGUCCAAACCUCUUCUGCCUAUUGAAAAAGCAGCUGUCCUGCUGGUGGAAAUACUUAAUAUUCUCUGCAAAGGAAUAAGUCACAAAAAGGCUGGAGCCAUGUGGUUGGAGGCAGGACUAAGCUGGAAAGACUUUCUGCCAGAGGAUGAGGAUGUCAAUAAAUUUGUUACAGAGAAGAAUAUGGAGUUCACCCUGGGUGAAGAGUCUGAGAUGCCCAGUAAGAAAGAGCUGACUACAGAGGAGCUGAGUAAACAUUUGGACAGGUUGUUUCAGGAUAAAGCCAACAACCAGAGGAUCAAUGACUGGGUAGAGGCCAAUUUAGAAGAGGAGCAGAUAAACUCCAAUCAGUUUGUGCGGGCCUUAAUGAUGGCUGUGUGUCAAUCUGCUGUUAUAUGUGAGAAUCCCUACAAGGUGGAUGUGGAGCAGAUUAAUCUAAGGUCCAGGCUGCUACUCAAGUAUCUGUAUGAUGAAUCGAAGGAGCUGCAGGCACUCUACGCUCUCCAAGCUCUCAUGGUGCAGAUGGAACAGCCGGCCAAUUUACUGCGCAUGUUCUUCGAUGCCCUGUAUGAUGAGGACGUGAUUAAAGAGGAGACCUUCUACAAAUGGGAGUCGAGUAAAGACCCGGCUGAGCAGCUAGGGAAGGGUGUGGCCCUGAAGUCCGUCACUGCCUUCUUCACCUGGUUACGGGAGGCAGAGGACGAGUCUGACAACAACAGCUAAUCCUGGACUGAGGCGGCCCACAUAGCGCUGGAGAGGAACCAGUGCCCGGGACUAAUGAGAGGAUAUCUGACAUCCAAGUUGAAGUUGAUCCUCAUAAUGCCAAUCUGAUCUAUGCAGGGUGGCUCUUGAUGAAUACAAACUACAAUCAUUUCUCAGUCAUUUCUUUUGCUCUCUAUAUCUCUUGUGGCUAAUGUCCACCGAAAACAAAAUAAAAUGUAAAAAAAAAAAAAAAAUUCUGCAGGACUGCUUGAACGUGUUAACAAUUCAUCGUCAUUUAUAUUUUGAGAAAUUGAAAACCGUACAAACCAACGCUGCUCUUUCAUGUUAAUAUGGAUUUAUAUGCAACGUGAUAUGACAGACCAGAUAUGGUGUCAUAUAUUUUGUGUAGAGGGUAUGAUGGUGAUCAUGCCCUUUAGGUUUGUAACGUCAGAUCAAACGUGGAGCUCUUACUUAAGGAUUUCAUUCUCUUUUGUGUGAGUGCGAGAGGAUUCAUGUUUUUAAAUCCACAAAGAUAAAGGUAUAUGAGCGUAGUAUUUGCUGACUUCUCAAAGUGAUGGAUGAAAUUUGAGUAGCGUUUGUAUUUCCCCUUUUUUGCUUCCUGUAUAGUCUAGUAAAGGGUGGACCUGUUGAAUUUCAGGAUGAUGCUGGAUGGACUUUGACCUUUCGUGCUGCUGGAAGAGGAGGGGGUAGGGGGGUCCAACAUGCUUCCUAACUAAGCCAUCCGUGUCCUGCCUCCUACCCCAAACUUUUGCAUCUUACCUCUCCUGAAGAACUGAUCAGGGUCUUCAUGAAAGCCCUGCUUGAGCAAGCCUGCAGUGGAUUUUAAGAGAAAUCAUUAAAACUUGAAGCAUAUAGAAAAAUCAACUUGAUGAAAUGACAGUAAUGAUCCUAAAGCCUUUUCUACUUGCAAAGUGGAAACACAUUUCAGGAGCAUUCUGUACAUAUAUAUAGAUGUUUUCUUGUUUUUGUUUUAUUUUCAGACAUUAAAAGUUAAAAAAUCUGAUGUUAUGCCAUUUAUUGUUUUCCAACUGAAAUGGCAUUUUCCCUGUAUUUAAGGUUUGUUUUCUUCCAGAUGGUAAGAGGUGCUUACAAUGAUCCAUUGAAUAGUUUUAUUGAAAAAGAUGUGUAAAUAUUUUUUGCUCUCUUUAUUAUUUAAGGAAUUAAUGCUUUCGCAUCAGACUGGAAACAUUGCAAAUAAUAAAAGACUAUUAAGUUGCUAAGA